AUACAUAUUAUGUAGAAAUACUUAAAAAUAUAAAAUUAAAAACAUUUGUAAAAUUUUAGUGACGUAAAACACAUAUUCCAAAUUUCUACACAAAAGUAUAUACUUAGGUUUAUAAUAGAAGAGAUAAUAUAUAUUGGUUUAAUUAAAUAUAGCGAAUUUAUUUUUCCACCACUGUAAGAUCAGCAAGUUUGUUUACAUUAGCCGGGUGUGAAAGUUCAAAAACAUUAUCAGAAGUAUUUUAAAUAUAUUCAGUUAGAAUACAUAUUCCUUUUUGAAUAUUACGAUUUAUUGCAAUUUGAACUAAAGAAGAAAUAACUUAAAGAACAAUGAAACUUUUUAUAUUAAUUUUAAUAAACAUAUAUUUUUCAAUAACUUCCGCUUCUUUUAUCAAUGUUUAUCCUAAAUUCAAAUCUUACAAUGAUGGUGGAGAUCCUGGUGAGCCUUUAUACUUGACGCCGUAUAUAGAAAAAGGUAAAUUGGAUGUGGCGAGAAAUCUUUCUCAAGUAAACAUAGAAGGUUUCCCUUCAAUACAAAGUUUUUCUGGGUAUUUGAAUGUUAACAAGAGCUGUAAUGCGAAUAUGUUCUUUUGGUACUUUGUCUCCGAAUCUUCUCCUGAAAGCUCACCUGUUGUAGUAUGGCUUCAAGGUGGUCCAGGUGCUUCAUCUUUAUUUGGCUUAUUUGCAGAAAAUGGUCCUUUUCAAGUAGAUAAAGAUGGAAAAUUAGGCAAACGGAAAUAUACGUGGAGCAAAAAUCAUCAUUUAAUUUAUAUUGAUAACCCAGUUGGAACUGGAUUCAGUUUUACUGACUCUGCAGAAUGUUAUGCAAAAAAUGAAAAAGAUGUUGGGCGGGAUCUGUAUGAAGUUAUGCAACAAUUUUUCACCCUGUUUCCAGAAUUGCAAAAACUAGAUUUUUGGGUUACCGGUGAAUCGUACGGUGGAAAAUAUGUACCAGCCUUAGCUUAUAAAAUACACAGAGAAAAUCAAAAUUCAAAACAGAAUCCCCCAAGAAUUCACAUAAAUAUGAAAGGUGUAGCUAUUGGAAAUGGAUUAUCAGAUCCACUACAUCAAUUAAAGUACAGUGAUUAUUUAUAUCAAAUUGGUUUAAUAGAUAUAAAUGGGAGGGAUCUUUUCCGUAAAAAAGAAAAGGAAGGAACAGAUUGCAUUAAAAAACAUGAUAUGGAUUGUGCAUUUGAGGUUUUCGAUUCAUUAAUUGAUAUGGAUCAAACACCUACAUCAUUAUUUCAAAAUUUGACUGGCUUCCAAAACUAUUAUGAUUACUUAAAUGCCCAUGGUGAAACUCCAGACUCAGGAAUGGAAAAAUUACUUCAGUCGUCAACGCUUAGAGCAGCUGUUCAUGUCGGAAAUAAUACAUUUAAUGGCUUAGAUGGAGAAAAUAAAGUAGAAGUGUACCUUAAACGAGAUAUUAUGGAUACUGUUGCGCCAUGGGUUGCGGAGCUGCUCAAAACAUAUCGUGUUUGCAUUUAUAAUGGUCAGCUCGAUAUAAUCGUUGCAUAUCCUCUUACAUUAAAUUACUUGCAAAAAUUGAAAUUUGAAGGAGCAGAAAUUUAUAGAACAGCACCUAGAUAUGUUUGGAAAAUAGAUGGUGAUAUCGCAGGGUACGCGAAAGAAGCAGCAAACUUGGUGGAAGUUUUAGUCAGAAAUGCUGGACAUAUGGUUCCUGCAAAUCAGCCCAAAUGGGCAUUUGAUUUAAUUACUCGACUAACAAACAACAAGGGUUUUGGAAAUGAAAUUUAAAUUUAUUUUCCCAUAUUAUGCACAUAAUAUAUGCGGCAAAAUCAUUUUAUAUUUGAAAUAUUCUUAUUCUUAAAUAACAUUGCAAAUAAAUUUUCAACAUUAAAUAUUUAAUUUUAAUGAAUUUAAUUAACUCA